UUCAACUACAUAAUUGAUUUCCCUAUAUUAAAAGGACAGGAUUAAAUCCUCAUAAAAAUCCGUAUCAACAAAUAAGUCGGCCCUUCAAUUACAAGGAAAAAUAGAGAUUACAGAGAAGGCGCCUGCAAAGUAUAGUACGAAUAAGAGGAUUGUUCGAUAGCAAAAUGGAGUACGAAUCAGAGGAUUACUCUGAUACCGAAGAGCUGUUGGAAUGCUCUCAACAGGAAAAAGAAAAGGGAGAAAAGAACAAUGGCAUCAACUGCUACAGUGUUUUGAGCUUUCAAGACAUCUGUGAACGACAGGAGAAGGCCAUGGAGUCUGUUUCAUCCAUUUGCUGUUUAUCUCAAGCCGAGUCAAGGAUUCUCCUGCAACACUUCAAGUGGAGAGUUGCAGAUCUGAUGGAAGAAUGGUUUCAGAAAGAGCAGAGAGUGCGAAAAGAGUCAGGAUUGUUUCACAAGGCUUCAGUAAAACAGCUUAGGGCUGAUGAGCAGUCAUACUGUUCGAUAUGCAUGGAUGCCCGCUUCAUUACUGACAUGAAAGCCCUUGCUUGUGCCCAUUAUUUCUGUAAGCCCUGUUGGGUGAACUACAUUCAGAUCUCAAUUAGGGAAAAUGGAAUUGGGUGCCUCAGUUUGAGAUGUCCUGAGCCAAAAUGUGGGGCUGCUGUGGGCGAAGACACUGUGCUCUGUUUGAUUACAGAGGAACAGGACAGAACAAAAUAUGGGCAAUUUCUUGUUAGAUCUUAUGUUGAGGAAAGCAAAAGAAUCAAAUGGUGCCCUGCUCCUGAGUGUGAGUAUGCUGUGGAAUUGCAGGAUGGAAUCAGCCAAUGCUAUGAUGUCACCUGCAAAUGCUCUUAUAAUUUUUGCUGGAGCUGCUCAGAGGAGAUGCAUCGUCCUGUUGACUGUGAUACUGUUAGAAAAUGGGCCUUCAAGAACAGAGACAAUGCAGAAACAGAAAAUUGGAAAAUUGUUAAUACAAAGCCCUGCCCAAAAUGUGGCCGUGCAAUUGAAAAAAAUCAGGGUUGCAUGCAUAUGACAUGUGUGGCUCCGUGCUUCUAUGAAUUUUGCUGGUUAUGCCUUGGGAAUUGGAAUACCCACUCUAAUAAUUUUGCUUGCAACAGAUUUCAAGUUGAUGAACAGGGGACAGAGACAGUUACUAAUCAGGAAUCUGAAUCAGAGGCAGAGAAAAUACAGAGAGAACAAAGAGAGACCAUUAAACAAUCCUUGGAGAGAUACAGUCAUUAUUAUGAACGAUGGGCUGCCCAUGAAAGAUCUAUGGAAAAAGCACUUUCAGAUCUGAAGCAUGUUCAGAAUCUUCAGAUGAAACAGUUGGGUGACAUACAAUGCUUAACUGAGUUGGAUCUUAAAUUUGUGACAGAUGCAUGGCUUCAGAUCGUUGAAUGCAGGCGUGUUCUCAAGUGGACAUAUGCUUAUGGCUAUUAUCUUUCUCAAGAUGAAAAUUCCCACAAGAAUUUAUUUGAGCACUGCCAAGCUUAUGCCGAGUCUUCUUUAGAACGACUGCAUGAUUGUGCUGAGGAAGAGUUGCAGGUUUUUAUUGCAAGCCAAAAGCCUCCAGAGGAAUUUAAGGAAUUUCGUAUGAGGCUCGUUACCCUCAAAAAUGCCACUGCCCAGUAUUUUCAAAACCUCGUCAAAGCUCUGGAAAAAAGCCAAGUGAAUGAAGACUGAAAAAGACCAAAAAAACUUUGUAAGUCGGGAAAAGAUUGUUUAGGCCAAGUUGUGAUGAACAAUAUGAAAUAUGAAAUCUGCUUGGUAUGAUUGUUUAUUUGUUAGAAUGAUAUCAUAUUUUUAUGACCUAUAUUGUAAUGCCGCCUAUCCAACACAAAUACCCUAUAAGCUUCGAUUUCUUUUUUAUGUCCAUGGAUAUUAUCUCUAUACAACUUUCUUCUAUGGACGAGAA